ACAAGCUCGAAAAAAAUCCCCCACCCCCUUGGAACGUCAGCGACGGCGCCUCGCUGCCCAGGUCACCUGAUCUACGUACAAAGAAAUACACUCGGCAACGUUUACCUCAACAAAUCGGGGCUUCAGUCGUGUGCAGUCUUGCUAAUAACUCUUCCUCAGUUUAUCCAGAGUGGCCAUGGAAGGAAAAAUAAUACUACAAUAAUCCAGGUCUUGCUAUACCCUAAGAAUGGCAGGACGAGGGCGAGGAAGAGGGCGAGGUCAGAUGACCUUUAACGUAGAGGCAGUGGGCAUCGGCAAAGGAGAGACUCUGCCACCACCAACACUUCAGCCUCCCCCAUUGUUUCCGGCUUUGGACUAUAAACCGGUUCCACUCCAGACUGGUGAAGAAGUAGAAUACAUGCUGGCACUCAAGCAGGAGUUAAGAGGUGCCAUGAAGAGCCUACCUUAUUAUGUCAAGCCUGCUGCUCCAAAGAAAGAUAUUGAACGCUACACAGAUAAAUAUCAAGUGACAGGACCUGUUGAUAAUGCUAUUGACUGGAACCCUGACUGGAAGCGUCUUCCUCAAGAACUCAAAAUUAAGGUGCGGAAGCAGCAGAAGGAGAAACCUAGUGUUGUGAUACCAAGGAGGAUGAAGAACAUACGUGUUGAUAAAGAAGAGAUCAUUAAGAAGCUAGAGACUCUGGAAAAGAAGGAAGAGGAAGUAGUAUCAGAUGAAGAAGAAAAAGAGAAAGAAGAUGAAGAGGAAGCAGAGGAAGAAGAAGAGUAUGAUGAAGAACAUGAAGAGGAGACAGACUACAUCAUGUCCUAUUUUGAUAAUGGUGAAGAUUAUGCAGAUGACAGUGAUGAUAAUAUGGAUGAGGCCAUCUACUGAAGCUUUGCCUACAGUAGCUUUCUAGGCAGUUUGUCCGGAAGUGUCUUGACUUAACUGACCCACCAAUACCCCUUCAGUACUCAACAGCAGAUGUGUGGUUCAGGGUCUACUAAGUCGGCUGUACAGAAGACUGUUACAUAGACAUAGCACCAGAGGCAUACUGAAGUGAAAUGUGACAUCACUGCUGCAGGCAUCCUCUCCACUCUGUGGCACUAAUACCAUCAUUAAGAGGAAAACUGAGAAUACUGAAAGUCCGAAGUUCAGUUUUUUUGUAUUUCACACAGACUUAACUGAAUACUCAACCAUGCCAUUUAAAUCAGAAACACGGUUUGAAAUACUUUACAGUUCACCUUGGUAUGUGUAAGAUGGAAUUUCCAUGCUUUAGAAAAUUAUUCUUUUCUCAGGUACAGGAAAGAGGGUUUCAAUUUAGCAUUUUGUGACCAUCUGUCAACUGAAUGUAAGAUUUCAGGAGUGCCAUGUAGUGCCAUUGUGGAAUUAUAUGGCACUGAAACAAACAGUGUACCUGUCAAGUACACCAAUUUUGAGGUGUUUGUCCAGCCUUCAUUUUCCAGAGAAGUUCAACACAGUUUUAAUGGAAGAAUCGAGGAAGAGCUUUGAUACGCCCUUUUAUUUGUAGACCUGGAUUCUUUUUUUUUUUUGUGUGUAAUUUAUUGAGGUGACCAUAUUUUUCUGCUCUUUUUUCAAAUUGUUGCUUAGAGUACAGGUGUCCUAAGUAUUCCACAGCAUUCUAGAAGAAUGGCAAAAUUCAACAUUUCUACAUUUCUAAAGCUUUUGGAAUAAUGUGAAUUGUAAAAUGGUGUAUGUAUUUUAUAGAUUUUAAAACAGUUUUAACUUUUUUAUUGAUUUUUAGAUUAUACACAAAUGAAAACAGCAGUUUUAAGGAUGACAAUUUGUGGCAAAGAUCAGGGCAUUUAAGCCCAUGCACAGUUGUGUUGUUCAUACUAACACCAAGUUUAGGAAACAAGUGAGAUGGUCAUUGUUUUAGGAGCAGUCACUGUGACUAAUCUGGGUUAAAACAGUACCAGAUUAAGCCACAAGGCUUUCUUUGGAACCCAACAAGUAUAUUUAGAGGAUACAGGCAAAAGAGGCAUUAAACAUAUUGAUGUAUGAAAUUAUUUUGUAGUUUUACUGAUGUGUUUAAAUAUUGUUUGCUGUGCCUUUCGGUACAAGAAAGACGUGAUGUGAUAGUAUUUUAAUAAUAUUAAAAUGGUACUUGUAAUAUAAAAUUAACUAUUUUGUGAAGAAUUAUUCUUAGAAUUUGUCAUUGGGAAGAGUUGGUAUAACACAACAGUUGUCCUUGAAGAAAUAAAAAUUAAAAGUUGUACAUGUUAAAAUUGUGUCACUUCCCAAUUAAAAAUAAAAUCCUUCAGUAAAGCAAAUUUCUGCA